UAAAAACAGUCGAUGAACGAAUGAUGUAAAGAAGAAAUGAAAUGCUGUGCAGCAGCAGCAGGCGUUGGGCAGUCCGCCCUCUGAGUCAUCCGAAUCGUAUGAACAAAAUCUUAUUGUUAUUCUUCAGGCCCAAACGCUUUUCUUUCUCAUCUUCUUCUCCUUCUUCACGCACUAAUAUCAUAUUAAAAAGUCAGUCUGAAUCUAAAACCCACAUAAACACAAUCAUAAUGGAGGACGAGGUUUCAAAACAGAAGCAGAAGCAGGCAACGAGGGGGAGCAUGGAGUUCCUCUCCAGCAAACCCUACGUCCCUCCUCAGUGGGCCUCUCAUCUCAAUCCUAUCCCUUCUCACAUCUUCUCUCUUGCCCACCUUCCCACUCCAAUUCACAAAUGGAACCUUCCUAAUUUGCCGAACAACACCGAGGUCUGGUUGAAGCGUGAUGACCUUUCAGGAAUGCAAUUGAGUGGAAACAAAGUGAGAAAAUUGGAAUUUUUGAUGGCAGAAGCGGUGGCACAGGGUGCUGACUGUGUCAUCACAAUCGGAGGCAUCCAAAGCAACCACUGCCGUGCUACUGCUGUCGCUGCCAAAUAUCUUCAUCUUGAUUGCUUUAUCAUACUACGAACUUCUAAGGUCCUUGUGGACAAAGAUCCUGGAUUGACUGGCAAUCUCCUGGUUGAGCGUUUAGUAGGAGCUCAUGUUGACCUUAUUUCAAAAGAAGAAUAUGCAAAACUCGGAAGUGUGACUCUUACUAAUCUCUUAAAAGAAAAGCUGCUAAAUGAAGGAAGAAGGCCAUAUGUUAUUCCUGUUGGUGGAUCAAACUCCCUAGGGACCUGGGGUUAUAUUGAAGCGAUCCAGGAGAUUGAGCAGCAACUUCAGAUUGGGACUAGCCAGAUAAAAUUUGAUGAUAUUGUUGUAGCCUGUGGAAGUGGGGGCACAAUUGCUGGUCUAUCAUUGGGAUCAUGGCUGAGUACACUAAAGUCAAAGGUCCAUGCAUUCUCAGUUUGUGAUGACCCUGAUUACUUCUACAACUUUGUUCAAGGCCUACUUGAUGGACUCGAAGCAGGUGUUGACUCACAUGAUAUUGUUAACAUUCAAAAUGCCAAAGGUCUGGGCUAUGCAAUUAACACCCCUGAGGAGCUUAAAUUUGUUAAGGAAGUUGCUUCAGCAACUGGUGUUGUUCUUGAUCCAGUAUACAGUGGGAAAGCUGCUUAUGGAAUGAUAAAAGACAUGACUGAGAAUCCAAAGAAGUGGGAAGGCAGAAAGAUCCUAUUCAUACACACCGGUGGACUUUUGGGUUUGUUCGACAAAAUUGAAGAGAUGAAUUCACUUGUUGGGAAUUGGAGUCGAAUGGAUGUCCAUGAAGACAUUCCACGGAAAGAUGGUAUUGGAAAAAUGUUUUAGAGAAGCAAAACAAACAUAUAUUGAAGUUCUUACAUUGCAUUAUGCAUGUAAAAUAAGUUUGUAAAAAGAAGAAGAUGUUGAUGCAAAUCUCCUACAUACAUU